GGCCGCGUGGUGGGUGCCGGGAGCCGAGGGCGCUGACGUCAUUCCUGCUGUGUUGGAAGGCGGUGGCGGAGCCAGGGUCGGCAGAGAUGUCGGUGUCGGUGGUGCCAGAGCGGGCGCCGCUGGCGCUGGCGGACGGGGACGGGGUCGUGGAUGCGGACCGGGACCUGCUGGACUUCCUGCUGGCAGAGGGCGCGGAGCUGCCGGCCGACCCCGGUGCCUGGGGCCUGCUGGAGCCUGAGCUCCUGGGAGACAAGGACGUGGAUGCUUUCCUCAGCGCCCUGCUGAGCCCCUUUGCUGAGGUCCCGGGCUGCUCGGCCGCCAGCAGCGUCAGCAGCACCCCCGCGGAGCAGCCCUCGUGCAGCCCCGAGAGCUGGGCCGCGUCCCCCGGCAGCCCUCCCGGCCCCGACAGCGUCCGGUUCGACCACAACUACUCCCUGCUCCAGGACGGGCUGUGGCUGGAGUGCGCGCCGGCGGGACCCACCGAUGGGGACGUCUUCAUCGACCUGGACGCAUGGGCCGGGCUGGAGAGCGCAGAGGAGACCUCCGGCAGCGAGCAGAGCUUCAGCUUCGCCGUGGCUGUGGAGGAUGUCAUGCCUGGGACCCCCACGCAGCUGGACUUCCCGGAGCUGAUCCUGACAGAGGAGGAGAGGCAGCUGCUGGAGAAAGAUGGCAUCACCUUGCCGUCCCACCUGCCCCUCACCAAGGCUGAGGAGCGGCUGCUGAAGAGGGUGCGUCGCAAGAUCCGGAACAAGCAGUCAGCCCAGGACAGCCGCCGUCGCAAAAAGAUCUAUGUGGAUGGCCUGGAGAGCAGGGUGGUAGCCUGUACGGUGCAGAACCACGAGCUGCAGAAGAAGGUGCAGCUGCUGCAGAAGCAGAACAUGUCGUUGCUGGAGCAGCUGCGGAAGCUCCAGGCCCUGGUGCGACAGUCCUCAACCAAGACUACCACGGCCAGCACCUGUAUCGCGGUCAUGUUCCUGUCCUUCUGCCUCGUGCUCACGCCUAGCCUCUUCUUCGGAGCAGGGGGGCGGCAGCAGGAGCUGCGUGGAGUGCUGUCCCGGCAGAUCCGCGAGUUCCCGAGUAUGGGGGACACAUGGGCAGUGGCACGCGAUGGGCAGGAGGAGAGCAUGUCCAAGGGGCUGGCCCCGGAGUCAGAGCCAGGUCUGCAGGACAGCCUCAACCGCUCGCAGGAGGGCAGCCACAGUCUGCCCACGGCCGAGUCCCACUCCGCCAUCAGCAGCAACUCGUCCUCCGAUCCACCUGCACCCAGCGCCUCCCUGCAGGGCUCCCCCCAGGCCGGACAUCCCCCGCAGCAGCCCUCAGGGCGGAGCUCCCUGCCCUCCACAGUUCCAGUAUCCUGGGAGGCCACGAAGCAGGAGUGGGUGGAGCGCAGCACCAGUGUCAUCAUCCAGCAGCACCAUGCGGACGAGAUGUGAGCACCCAGGCAGGCCCACCCAGCACAGCCUCCCUCACUGCAGCACUGAGUGCCCCACUGCACCUUCCCCAGCAGUGCUGGACAGACUUGGACUGUGGGGGCCAGGGCCUCCUUGGGCAGCGGGGCAGAGCUGAUGGGGGAGGGAGGUCCAAGGUCCCCAGGCUCAGGGAGACCCCCACAGUGCGCUAAGCUGCAGCUGCCUGGCGGGGAAUGGGCACUGGCAGCAGGUUCCCCAUGCCCUUUGGAGUUGGAGCCUGGUGCCUGGGCUGGCACCAGGCUCUCUUCUCUUAGCUGGGCCCCAGGACAGCUCUGUUUCCACCCCACCCCAC